ACAUUUCUGUCAUCCCUGACAACCGAGUAAUCAAAGUGAAUGGAGUUACUAGACCAGAUUGAGCAAAAGUUGGAGUAGGAAAAACAGCGCGAUGGUUGUAGCUUGAUCCGCCUUCUGAUUGGAUUGUAGAAGAAUGGAUAUAACAGAAAUCUGGAAUGAAAACGCCUGGUAUUUUAAUCUUAAGCCUAUUUAACCGUAAUUGUUUGACCAGGAGAAAUUUGAAAGCGUGUGCAACAAAAUAAAAACAGAAAACAAAACAAAAACAUGUUAGCGUUAAGCUAGCUAGCGCUAACCUCAGACUAGCAUGUGUGAAAUAUGAGACACGGGGACACAGUGAUGACAAAACUGAUGUAAACCGACGGACUAUGGGCUCAUUUGAGUCUCAAAACAACUUUACUUCACGGAAAAAGAAUAUAUUUAUAUUUGAUCGACCGUUGGGAAACUUCGAAGCUGGUCCGUAAACACCAAGAGGCAAUGUCACGUGAUGGAUAGUUAUGAGAUUUAGCAGCCAAACGGGAGAACCAUGGAACAGGUCGAGCAACCUACCUCAGAAAUGAAAUGUGACGGCCCAAUAGAUGAAGUCGCCAAGGGCCAGUCGUCUCCACGGACGGACUUGAACUCUGUCCAGAUUCUUGAAGAGACAAUAUGGAUGGCAGCCCAGGAGGGUGAGUCUGCAUCUUCGGACUGUGGAGGGACGUCAGACCUACAGGAGCCGGGCUCAGCUUCGGGUGAGGAGGUGGAAGGCAGCGAGACAUCAGAUGCCACAGGAUUAGAGGUCUCGCCCAGCAGCAAGGAAUCGUGGGGGGCGAAUCUACAGAAUGGAGAUGGAACGCCGCAGGAGAGUCCUCAACAGAAUAGUGACACUUCUGUAACAGCUCAAACAUUUUCAGAUCCAUUACAAGCACCCUCACUCUCAUUGUCAGACCAGUUACGGUUGGGUCGGGAUGACCCCAGUAGUUUGGGCCUGAACGUUGAGUGCCGCAUAUGUGGAGAUAAAGCCUCAGGAUUUCAUUAUGGAGUUCAUGCUUGUGAAGGCUGCAAGGGGUUUUUCAGACGCACCAUUCGUAUGAAGCUGGAGUAUGAGCGGUGUGAGCGUGCCUGUAAAGUCCAGAAAAAGAGCCGGAACAAAUGCCAGUACUGUCGCUUCCAGAAGUGCCUGGCAUUGGGCAUGUCCCACGAUGCAAUCAGGUACGGACGUAUGCCAGAGGCGGAGAAGAAGAAGCUAGUGGCAGGGCUCCUCGCUGGGGAGAAGCUGCAAAGCUCCAGUGGGGCUGACCUCAAAACACUGGCCAAGCACGUCAACACAGCCUACCUGAGAAACCUCAACAUGACCAAGAAGAAAGCACGGAGCAUCCUCACGGGCAAGACGAGCUGCACAGCGCCUUUUGUGAUCCAUGAUAUGGACUCACUAUGGCAGGCAGAAAACGGGCUGGUCUGGAAUCAGCUUAACGGAGCACCACCCAACAAAGAGAUUGGGGUCCAUGUCUUCUACCGCUGCCAGUGCACCACAGUGGAAACUGUGCGAGAACUCACCGAGUUUGCCAAAAACAUCCCUGGGUUUGUGGAUCUCUUCCUAAAUGAUCAGGUAACGCUGUUAAAAUAUGGAGUCCAUGAGGCCAUAUUUUCGAUGCUCCCAUCUCUCAUGAAUAAAGACGGGCUGCUGGUGGCUAAUGGGAAGGGCUUUGUGACGAGAGAGUUCUUGCGUAGUCUACGCAAACCUUUCAGUGAGAUCAUGGAGCCCAAGUUUGAGUUUGCAGUCAAAUUCAAUGCCCUGGAGCUGGAUGACAGUGACCUGGCUCUGUUUGUGGCAGCCAUCAUAUUAUGCGGAGAUCGUCCAGGGCUGAUGAACGUGAAGCAGGUAGAACAGAUUCAGGAUGGUAUCCUGCAAGCUCUGGACCAGCAUCUUCAUGUGCACCACCCUGACUCUCCUCAUCUCUUCCCCAAACUGCUGCAGAAGAUGGCCGACCUCAGACAGCUGGUCACAGAGAAUGCCCAGCUGGUUCAGAUGAUCAAAAAGACUGAAUCGGAGACCUCCCUCCACCCGCUUUUACAGGAGAUCUAUAAAGACAUGUACUGAGCUCAAGACUCAAGGACCUGAAUAGAGAACGGACUUCAACUUCCCUCCUGAACGGAGAGAGUGCACACAUCUUUAUGGCUCUGCGGUGCCAUGGAGUUUUUUUUAAAUGAAUUUUUGUAAAGGACUUUUACAAAUAUUGACAUUGAAUACUGACAUUUUCUCUGAUUUUGCGGAGUGUUUUUUAUUUAAACUCAAAUCUGUUCUUGUAUACAGGACUCUGAACAUCUAGUCACCUUUAUUAUUACUACUACUACUACUACUACUACUACUACUAGCUUCAUGUUGUUCUUCAUUUGCUAGAUGAGGGCUAACACCUUUAGACGUUGUCUUUUCCAUCAUGGUUUUGGUUUGCAAGUACAUUUAAGUGAUAACUAGUAUGUUUCUUUGAGGAGAUCAGAGCACAGUCAAGCUCUUGAAAUGCCACUUACUGUAUGUUUUUAUAGGGCUUUUAUUUUUGUGGUUCUUUUUGGUCUCCUGAUUCUGUUUGAUUAGGCACUUUUACUAAAGUAAAAGGUACUCCACACAAAAUUGUACAGCAGUCAGUUAUAUUAUUUUGGAAUUAUGUUACUUUGUUGAGGAUGUUGUUUUCCGCGUCAGCUGCUACAAAUAUAUAUUGGUAUUGAAACUGAAGACAAAUCUAUGUUUAAUAAUUCACUUUAAAUCUUUGGGAUAAACCUACACCAGUGUGAUCAUUUCAGUUGUAUGGAAGGAAAUGUUUGUUCAUCAUUAUAUAUAUAUAUAUUUCUUAUGAGCUGAUACCUUUGUUAAGCACUGGUACCUUGAUGGUACUUGUAUUUUCACAUACUGUCCGGUACCGGUCAUAUUUACUGAAUUGAGACAUGACAUUAGUUAUCUUUCAUUGUCUCCUUGAUACACCAUUGUAUUAAAUUAGGUCUUCCAUUAGUAUGUUGAUUGAAAAUGUUUUUGAAUAUGUAUUGAGUGAUUGAAACAAGCAGGCUGUGGUUACAUUAAAACUAGAACAUUAUGGUCAAAUUGGUUUAUAGUACUCAUAUAAGCUUAAUUUCAUUCUCUAGAUCAGUUGCAUUAAUUAAUGAUCAUGUCAUGUUAGUUAUAUUGAAAAUGAAUGCGAAUGAAUGGUUAUGUUGAGUCAGCUUGAGUAAAUGCUUGCAUUGUAUACUUUGUUGAAGUAACAUGUCAUGUCAGAAACAAUGCUGAAUAAUUUGAACGUUCAGUGUACACGUUUUAAAAGAAAGCAGUUUUAAUGUUGAAUUACAUUAAUUGUUAAGUAAUAUGAUGUGCAACACAUCUGCCAUUUCACAUCCAGAAAGUAUCUCAGAAAUAUCUGAGAUUUUAUGUUAUGGCUAAAAUUUGCUUUUCUGAUCUGUUUAUUCAAUAUGGAACUUGAAGUCAGAGAUUUAUGGUCAUGAAAACUGUUACUGUGAAACUAGAGAGCACAAUAAUAAUUUCGCCCCCAUCCUUAUUCUUAAAAUACAUUUUGUCAUAAAGUUUCACACCAGAUGUCGACCAGUAUCUUUCUACCUUUCUGGUCAGAUCUAUCUCAGAAAUGUCUUUCUUUAUUAACAAGAGCAAACAAGAUGCACAAGUGUUAUGAUUUGUGGAAUAUUUUGGAUCAAAGUAAAACAAUUCCAGACAUCA